AUGUGGGCCGCCGCUGAACAAUCCACCACCGAGUUGACUGGAAUCAGUUAUGAAGUCGGCCAGGAGAUCUUCACGGAACACCAGAAUGUGCAUCGCGUUACCGCCUAUUCAGCCUCGUCCAACUUUCAUCUCACUAAGAAAUAUUGCAUCUCACUCUCUGUUUCUUCUUUCUUUCUUUUUUUCUUUCUUUUUUUCUUUCUUUCUUUUUUCUAUCUUUCUUUCUUUCUUUCUAUCUUUCUUUCUGUCUAUCUACCUUUUUCUCAUUGUAUUUCGCAUUCUCUGUCUCUAAAUUACUUUUUCUUCUUACUCUCCGUAUUUCUUUCUGUCUCUUUCUUUCUCUUUUCUUUUCUACUGUCUUGGCUUUCUUUUUCUGUCUUCUUUCUCCCCCUUUCUUUGUAUAUGUCUCUCUCUCUCUCUCUCUCUCUCUCUCUCUCUCUCUGUAUAUCUGUUCUUUUGCUACCCUGCCUCACUCUCAGUAUGUCUCUUUUCUUUCUCGCUCUUUAUCUUUCUCUCUCACUUUCUCUCUUUCUCUAUAUCUUUUCUUCCUCUCACUCAUUAGCGUCUUUCCCUCUCUUCCUUCUCAUUCAUUGUCCUGUCGUUCGAUCAGUGGAUUUGUUUUCUGCCUCACUAAUCCCCAAUCACCAUCAUUACAUCAUGGCGAUCAGAUGA